UGUUGUUAAUGUUGAUGCUGCUGGUUCUAAUCCACUUUAAAGGAUUAGUGUUUUCUGCCCAAUCUCUGGCCUAAUAAAAAUUAAUAUUGCCUGGCAUUGUUUUUUUGUUUUUUUAAGUGUGCAAAAUGUUUCAUCACUUGCGGUGCAAGGUGUGUGAAGAUGUGUUCUGUUGUGCAAAUCACCGAAGGCAUCAUGAGCACAAAAUUCACAAGAAGCCUGUUAUACCUAUAUUAAUAAACAGAAAAUUCAUACAAAAUCCCGUCUUGCCCUUGAAAUUCAAUCAAUAUGAAGAGAAAAAGAGCGAAAGCAUAUCGACAGCCAGAUUGUUGAAAAAAAGGAAAAUAUCGUUUUAUAAUGAUACCCAAACAGCCAAAUCGACAGAGGUGCAAGAGAAGACAUUAAAGUUAAGGCCGUUCCUUCAUCACAAGCAAGUGAACAAAGUCUCAGCAUUGCAAACAGUUAAAGAAGAAGAGAUGAAUGCUGAUCACAUAGAAAAAACAACAAACACUAAAGAAGACGAGAAAAUCAAACCGAAUGAAAAUAUAGUUUUAAACAAUCAAGUAGAAAGUAAAAGUGGUACACAAUCUUCAGAGAUUGUUGGGACUGACAUGAAAUCAGAAAGUAAGACAAAAUUUAUUCAAGAAAUUAAAUCACCACUAGUGGAUACGGAAUUUACAACAAGCACCCCGAUUGUAGAGCAAACGGAUCAGUCGAAGGACACAUGCGAAUCCUUAAAAGAGGAAAUAUUUGCAACUCCAGCUACUAAUUUCAAUUCGGAAGUAGCAGGCAGUUCAGACCGAAGCGUAUAUUUUAGCAGCACAAAAUCAUUUGUCUCGCCGUUACUGCCGAUUGAUGAAUUGCCACCGGCCAAGAGGAAAAUAUCAUUUCUGGAACAAAUGGAAUACGUGAAUGCAGGUCAUUCACGCCCAUUCAAUAGUCUAACAUCUCAAAUGAGCCAAGACAAUCAGACAAGCACUCCAGGCCUAUUUUCCACAAUUGUUGAUGUUGUUAAAAAUACCAUUGACAAAAUUCAAGGCAGACAGCGUUAUGCUUACAAUGAAAGCUGGGACGAUUCGAAAGAACCGACAUGGGCUGUUCCUUGUUCGCCGAGUGGGCGAAAGAGAAUAAGAACAACAACUGUAAUAAAUCCAAGAGCGAGAAUACGUGGAAGACGUACAUAUCUUAAAUCUUAUCCUCCAAGAACUAAUUCAUAAAAGGGUUAACAUUUGUUUUUAUAUUUUUUAUUUAAAUUUGUUUAAUUUUUAAUAUAUUAUUUAUAAAUAUUGGGAU